UGCCAGACAUUUGAACAGUUAAACUUCACAGGUAAACAGUCAUCAUCUCCCGUAUCUCUAGCGUCAGAUGUUGAGUACUCUGACCUCUGUCUGGCAGAGUUGUUUGACGAGGACAGACCCGAUUCACCAGAAUCAGUCAUUUUAGAUGAUGAAACCACCAGUAAAUAUUUGACUAAAUAUAGACCAUUGACACCGGAGUCACUGAUAUCUGAAACAGACUACUGCUUAUUUUUCUCAAAGUGGCUUGAAGAAGUGAGAGCCUUCUCUCCUGAAUCUAUUUCAUCACUCGAUGAAUACAGGCUGCUCUCCCCUGACUCUCCAGUUCCACAGUAUGAAAUUCCAUUGACUAUCUCAAUGCACUCCACUGGUAUCCAAAGCUUAUCUCCCAUUUCUGCAAUAUCAGACAGUGAGAGCGAAGAGUAUUAUCUGGAAGACUUCUUCCUUGAGGACAGGCCUUCAUCUGAGUCUAAUUCCUUCACUAGAGCCCUUACUCCUGACUCCCCUGUACCUCAGUUUAAUAUGUCUACAGUGCCUGCCAUUCAGUGGAACAGAUCUGCAUCUCCUCACUCAGCAACAUCAGACAUAGAGUACUUUGAUACCAACUGGAACUAUGAACAAGUGCCAUAUGAGGUGAGACCAGAGUCCCCUCUAUCAGGAUCAGAUGAGGCAUUCAAAAAUGUGGUUGGUGAAUGUGUGAUGGCACUACGACCGCUGUCACCUGAUUCUCUAUCCUCAGAGUCUGACUACAAGCUGUCUUUCCUGGAGCAUUGGUUGAAAGAGCUGAGACCAUCCUCACCAGGUUCUCAUACGUCAUUGGAGUUUAGACCUCUCUCUCCCGACUCUCCUAUUCCUCAAUAUGCUAACUAUUUGCCUCAGAACAUGUUGACAGGAGCAGUUAAAAGUGAUCUGGGCCCAUCACCCGUACCAACAUUAUCCGAUAAUGAGUCCUGCUUUUCUUGGGAUUAUGAUGAGGGUAGGCCACAAUCUCCUGAUUCAAUCAUAGAUGAAAGUAGCCGUCAUCCUAUAUCUCCAGAUGCUGCAGGCUUUGUGAUUCGUAAAAACUUUCCAAACUCAAGAGAGCCAUAUGAUACUUCCUUAAAGAGGGGGCCGGGAUCAAAAUCUCUUGAGAGUCAAAUGGGGCCACCAGUAAAAAUCAUGGCCUUGGAAAGUGUUGGGGCAGUCUCUGCUGACAUUUCAUUUCCCAAAAAGUUUAGAUUGGUAUACGAAACCGUACCAUGCAAGCUGAUGUCCCAUAUGUAUGACCCACCUUUUAAAGGAGAACAUCUCUGUACUAAGGCGGGAAUUUUUGAACGAAUACUUGACACAGAAAGAACAACAGAAAGAGAUGAGACAGAUGAGUGUAGUGAUCAAAUCCAAAUGAGUGAGGAAGUUCAGGCUACUAUUGUUGUUGCUGAAACUUCUAGUGACUUUACAAGUAAAAUGAUACCAGAAGUGCUGUCAGUACAGUUGUCAAGCUUAAAGUCCGAAAUAAUGAUUUGUCGUCAUGAUGAACUUAUCUCCACUUUGCCAUUGCAGUCCUCGGAGUCUGGACAACUAGGAAAGCAAUAUGCUUUUACAUCUGAUUCUGAGUCCUUACUUUCUAAAUCAUCUUCUGUCUACAGAUCACCAUCAUGUCAAUCGGUAAUUUCAGAUAGUGAUGGAGCCCUCUUAUCUGUAGAAGAUUUAUUUGUAGAUAUCCGACCAUCAUCCCCAGAAUCCUUUACAUCAGUUGAUGAGAGCAGACCGCUCUCUGUGGAUUCUCCAGUUCCACAGUACGAAAACUUUCUGGACACUUAUAUGUUAUCAUUUAAUGAAUACCCAUCUUCCCCUCCUGAAUCUGUAUCAUCAGAGAUUGAAUACUCUGAACUUGGUAUUGAGGAACUAUUCAGCGAGACCAGACCAGAUUCACCUCAGUCACAGCCUCCAGACUAUGAAUCUGAAAAUCGAUCUCUUUCUCCAGACUCCUUAAGUGCAUCUGAAGAUUAUGCUGAGGAAUUUCUGGAGUGGUGUCAAUUGUUUAGGCCACCUUCACCUGAAUCUUUGGCUGAAUUGAAUGAGUUCAGGGCCCUCUCACCCGACUCACCUGUCCCUCAGUACAAAUGUCCUUUGGCGGUUAGUAUAACUCACUCCGCACAUCUCAGGAGCACAUCACCGGCAUCUCUAACAUCAGAAAACACAGAGGAAGAGCUGUAUUUAGAUUUUUUCACAGAGAGAAGGCCCAUGUCUCCUGAAUCCCCUAUUCCUGAAUAUAUUCAUUCUACAUGUGACCAGCUGAUAUGUUCAACUAGCAGAUCAUCAUCUCCCGUAUCUUUAGCAUCAGAUAUUGAAUACUCUGACCUUUAUCUUGAGGAAUUGUUCCAAGAAGGGAGAAUAGAUUCACCGGAACCAUUGUGUUUAUGUGAUGAAGGUAGAUUCCUCUCACCUGAUUCACCUAUUCCUGACUAUGGUAAUGUGAAAUUUGAGACGUCAAUCUACACAGGAAGUAGAUCAUCCUCUCCUACAUCACCAAUCCUAGACAUUGAGUAUUCUGAGUUGUGUCUGAAUGAGUUGUUCAAUGAAGACAGAACGUGGUGUCCAGAUUCAUCAUAUUCACCAGAUGCAUGUAGACCUCUGUCUCCUGAUUCACCUAUUCCUGAAUAUGGCUGCCAGACAUUUGAACUGUUAAACUUCACAGGUAAACGAUCAUCAUCUCCCGUAUCUCUAGCGUCAGAUGUUGAGUACUCUGACCUCUGUCUGGCAGAGUUGUUUGACGAGGACAGACCCGAUUCACCAGAAUCAGUCAUUUUAGAUGAUGAAACCACCAGUAAAUAUUUGACUAAAUAUAGACCAUUGACACCGGAGUCACUGAUAUCUGAAACAGACUACUGCUUAUUUUUCUCAAAGUGGCUUGAAGAAGUGAGAGCCUUCUCUCCUGAAUCUAUUUCAUCACUCGAUGAAUACAGGCCGCUCUCCCCUGACUCUCCAGUUCCACAGUAUGAAAUUCCAUUGACUAUCUCAAUGCACUCCACUGGUAUCCAAAGCUUAUCUCCCAUUUCUGCAAUAUCAGACAGUGAGAGCGAAGAGUAUUAUCUGGAAGACUUCUUCCUUGAGGACAGGCCUUCAUCUGAGUCUAAUUCCUUCACUAGAGCCCUUACUCCUGACUCCCCUGUACCUCAAUUUAAUAUGUCUACAGUGCCUGCCAUUCAGUGGAACAGAUCUGCAUCUCCUCACUCAGCAACAUCAGACAUAGAGUACUUUGAUACCAACUGGAACUAUGAACAAGUGCCAUAUGAGGUGAGACCAGAGUCCCCUCUAUCAGGAUCAGAUGAGGCAUUCAAAAAUGUGGUUGGUGAAUGUGUGAUGGCACUACGACCGCUGUCACCUGAUUCUCUAUCCUCAGAGUCUGACUACAAGCUGUCUUUCCUGGAGCAUUGGUUGAAAGAGCUGAGACCAUCCUCACCAGGUUCUCAUACGUCAUUGGAGUUUAGACCUCUCUCUCCCGACUCUCCUAUUCCUCAAUAUGCUAACUAUUUGCCUCAGAACAUGUUGACAGGAGCAGUUAAAAGUGAUCUGGGCCCAUCACCCGUACCAACAUUAUCCGAUAAUGAGUCCUGCUUUUCUUGGGAUUAUGAUGAGGGUAGGCCACAAUCUCCUGAUUCAAUCAUAGAUGAAAGUAGCCAUCAUCCUAUAUCUCCAGAUGCUGCAGGCUUUGUGAUUUGUAAAAACUUUCCAAACUCAGGAGAGCCAUAUGAUACUUCCUUAAAGAGGGGGCCGGGAUCAAAAUCUCUUGAGAGUCAAAUGGGGCCACCAGUAAAAAUCAUGGCCUUGGAAAGUGUUGGGGCAGUCUCUGCUGACAUUUCAUUUCCCAAAAAGUUUAGAUUGGUAUACGAAACCGUACCAUGCAAGCUGAUGUCCCAUAUGUAUGACCCACCUUUUAAAGGAGAACAUCUCUGUACUAAGGCGGGGAUUUUUGAACGAAUACUUGACACAGAAAGAACAACAGAAAGGGAUGAGACAGAUGAGUGUAGUGAUCAAAUCCAAAUGAGUGAGGAAGUUCAGGCUACUAUUGUUGUUGCUGAAACUUCUAGUGACUUUACAAGUAAAAUGAUACCAGAAGUGCUGUCAGUACAGUUGUCAAGCUUAAAGUCCGGAAUAUGAUUUGUCGUCAUGAUGAACUUAUCUCCACUUUGCCAUUGCAGUCCUCGGAGUCUGGACAACUAGGAAAGCAAUAUGCUUUUACAUCUGAUUCUGAGUCCUUACUUUCUAAAUCAUCUUCUGUCUACAGAUCACCAUCAUGUCAAUCGGUAAUUUCAGAUAGUGAUGGAGCCCUCUUAUCUGUAGAAGAUUUAUUUGUAGAUAUCCGACCAUCAUCACCAGAAUCCUUUACAUCAGUUGAUGAGAGCAGACCGCUCUCUGUAGAUUCUCCAGUUCCACAGUACGAAAACUUUCUGGAAACUUAUAUGUUAUCAUUUGAUGAAUACCCAUCUUCCCCUCCUGAAUCUGUAUCAUCAGAGAUUGAAUACUCUGAACUUGGUAUUGAGGAACUAUUCAGCGAGACCAGA